AUGACCGUUCCAUUCAAAUUGAGCGUUAAUAAUGAUAGUGACAACUUAUCACCAUAUUCCGAUAAAGCUAAUCUUCCACCAACAGUCCUCUCGCAAAUAAUCAACGAGGGCGUAGAGUUACCUCAUCCAUUUGUCUUCAAAAUCACCAAUGACUCAGAUCCGUUUAUCUACACAUAUAUUGGAGUAAAAGAGUUUAUCGGUGAGCCCGGAGAAAUUGAUCUACCGAGUCUUGUAACAGCAAAAUUGCAAAAUCCAACCACCGUCAUUCUUGAUCUACAAAGAGACAUCCCUAAAGCGACUUCAUUAAAACUUAAGCCCAGUCUCUUCUACCCCAUUUCCAAUUGGAAAUUUUUUCUCGAGAGUAGAUUAACCCACUACACUCUCGUAGAAAAGGGCAACACCAUAAUAAUAGAGGAUGGCGGCUUAAAAUACGAGUUACAAGUUGAGCAGAUAAACGAUUCUGAUAGCGUCACUGUAGCCUCCAUAAUUGAUACUGAUGUCACAGUAGACAUGGUGCCUUUGAACGAUAAUGUAGCCCAACAGCAAUUGGAGUUCAAUAAAAGCCAUUAUGACCAAUUCGGCAGCAUACAAGAGUUGAAGAAGGAAGAAGAGGUGGUCAUCCAUGAGCUAUCAUCCUUCAUUAAUCCUCGAUUCGUCCCACGUCUUUAUAAGAUUGAUAUUUCUAAUUGGAGUGGUGAAAACCUAUGGAUCGAGUUGGAAACAGAUGAUCCUACUCAUUUAGUAAAUGCCGAUUGUGUCGUUGGUGAGAGUAAACUAUUAACCAUUGAAAACUUUGCUUAUAGUAGCAUGGCUGAGGAUGAAAAGGUUUCCAAAUUGAUUGCUAAUGGUUUCCACGCGAAGAAGACAAUACACAUUGAUUUUAAGCGAGAUGAAUUGAUUUUGAACAAGUUGAAUCGUUGUAGACAGCUUUCCGAUGCAGAAGAAGGUGAUGACAGGUAUUUGUACUUGAUUCCCUUCACUUGGCAAGGAGACGAAACUGUGCUGUUGAGAAUUGCAGAUAAGCAGGGCGACAGUGAUUACAAAAUCACCAGCGAUUCAAAAAAGUGUCCAAAGUGUUCCAAACUCAUCCCAAAGGAAAAUUUUCUUCUCCAUGAAUCACGUUGUCCCCUCAAGCAAAAAGUGGAACCAGUGGAUUCUAAGUUGAUGCAGUUCAAACACAUUCAACUCUACGAAAAACAAUAUCAAUGCUGUUCUCAGGCGUUUGAUACAUUUUUUGACUUGGUACGUCACAAGGCCGUAUGUCCCAACAAAGUCAUCGAAUGUCGGUUCUGUCACUUGAUUGUACCACAAGAACUUGCCACAUAUCAAGAUAAUUUUGAGGGAUUGACACAUCAUGAAAACCUUUGUGGUAACAAGACACAAGAAUGUAUUAAAUGUAGUAAGCUUAUUCGUAGAAAAGAUGCCACAAAGCAUAUGCAGCUUCAUGACUACGAGAAAGCUGAAAUCAACCAAUCAAUUUCAUUCAAGAAAUGUUCUAAUGUCAACUGCGUAAACGAAGCUGGUAGCAACGAAUUGAACCUUUGCGAGUUGUGCUUUGGUCCUUUGUAUAUUGCUCAAUUUGAUCCAACUAACAUUAAGCUACAAAGCAGGAUUGAAAGGAAGUACAUGUUACAGCUUACAAAAGGAUGUGACCAAGUGUGGUGCAACAAUGAACACUGUAAAGCUGGUAAUCCAAGGUUAAAUAACAAUUCAAUGAAGGACAGUAUGAUAUUAAUACAACAGUUAUUUGGUUCAAUUCAUCAACCUCGUUUACCAAUUAAUGAAAAGAAUGGAGUUGCAAAAGAAGGUGAAACAAAAUUUUGGUUUUGUGUGAAUGAGUCAGUAUCAAAAAAGAAACUUUGGUCUGACAUAUUGAAAUCAGAAGGUGGUUAUACUGAGGAGAUUGUUUUACAGGCAUUGAAGUUGAACAAUGACGAAUCACUGGUACGUCAAUGGCUAAAGGAUAAUGCAAUAGCUAGAGGGUAA